AUGGAGUUGCCAAUGACUCGAAAACAAAAUCGAUGCUUUCAGAUUAUCGGUUUUGAUAUUAUUCUCACUGAUCGACUAAAACCAAUUUUACUUGAAGUCAAUGCAAAUCCUUCGCUACGAAUCGAUUUUGAUCACGUCAAUGAAGCUGGUAAACUUGUCCACGAGCCAAGCCCGAUUGACGAAGAAAUCAAGAAACCACUCGUCUUGGAAACAUUGAAACUAGUGAUGAAAUACAGACGAUAUGGUAAUCAGCUAGAUGCGAACGAUGUAAUCAUGGUUCAAGGAGACAAUAACAUGGUCCAUCGUCAAACAGAAGUACGCAGUAAAAUUAAGAUGACAUGUGCGACGAAGACCCGUAACGACUCACAGCUGAGUCCAUCCAAUUUUCACUCAUCGCAUUGCAUUUCGAAAGAAUUUCUGGAUGAAGAACAAGAACAUCAAGUGUCAUCGAAUUCAGAAUUGCCCGAUCGACGCUCGGAUAAUUUUACUCAAUCGAUGAGCACGACUAGAAACAGAACGUUUACGAAACCAGUCAAUACAACUUUGAACAAUACAGCAAAAAGAUCACAAGCUUCCAGUGAAGAUACAGCAAAUAGAGCAUCUGAUUCAACUCUGGUUGACGACAAUUCAAAUUUGUCUACACUAGAUGGACCAUUGACCAUCGUAGACAAUCAAAAUAUGAUCGAAUCGUCGAUUAUUCAAAUUCCUAUGACCGCUAAUACUCGAAUAGCUAAUUCAAUGAAAUUACUCAAGAUUAUCUUUCCAUCAACGUCUCAAACCAAAUACAAGCCUAUGUUUCUUUUGGAGAAAAUUGCUUUCAUUUACAUUGAAUUAGUGAUCAAGCAUGGAUACAAAGCAAUGACUAAUCGAUCAUUUCGUAACUUGGCUAGGUAGGUUUCAUUGUCAUGGAGCUGAGCAAACAAAACCAAGUCAAUCUUGAGACAAGUUUCCAAAACUCGCGUUUUCUUAGUUUAGUAGUUGUAGCAAAAAGUUUCCCAUUGUCUAGCUGAUAACAAUCUCGAUUAUCUCAUAAAUUAUCCUAGAAACACUUUUUUCCAAUUUCAAAUAAGAAGUCAAUGAUAGAAUAUUCAGUUGUAUGACAGCUGACAUGUCGCAACACGCAUCCUUUUUUUUCCUAUAAAAGUCUAUUCAAGAACAAAGAUGACUUUUAAAAUACUAGUCAUGAUCCCAUAGAUCAAAUAUCUUGGAUAUUUAAAAGUAGAGUUGCUCAACCGCGAGCUUUCGAGCUGUAGAAUAGCUUCCUUGCUUUGAAGAGAGCUAGGAUUUUAUUUGCAUGAGACACCCAAUUUAAUCGUUCUGCACAGAAUCAAAAAUAAAAUCCACAGCCAAUUGAUUAAAAGAGCUCUUAGCUCUGUAGUUUAUGGAGUUUUCAUCUGUAGGAUUGCCGUGUGUCUAGAACACGAGCAUAUGUUUUUUUUGGUUUGCCCGUUCGUACAAAUUGCCUUUUAUUCAAGUGGAAUAAUAGAGAUUUACUUGAAUUCCGUCUGAAAAAAAUUCAAAAAGAAUUUUGCUUCCCCACUUCCUGCUGCUCAACAUUUCAUGUUCGCAGAAAAUGUGGUACUAUCAAACGACAAUUCUUAACUAUUUCUCUAUUAGCUUCACGCUGCUUGCCUCCAGAUUUAAUAAAACAAAAGUAUAAUCUCAAAAUUUCUCAACGCCAACUUCCGAUUUCUUGAUCCAGAAAGUCUGCAAGGAUAUGAACCCCGUUUCUCGCGUAAAACUCAAGGAUCGGUACCUACAAAUGUUUAGAGUGAAUCAAUCCGAAUCUGAAGUUGUACUUGAAAAAUAUUGAGGUCACAUUUUUGUGUUCUAAAAUUUCGAUUUAACGAAAAGAUACAAAUGUACGUGAGCAGCACGGAAUUUGAAUGUUUCACUCGUAAUGAUGGUUUCUACUAAGGAGAGAAAAAUAGUCGUUUUUCAUUCUCUGAUACACGUUAUAAAGUUUUCUUUUCUUGAAAAUAUGCGCAUAUGUACUAAAAAGCGAAUGUUAGUUGCUUUCCUCUCAUAAUCAACAAUUAUUUCUACGUUUCGUCUGUUUGAAUAGCAUCUGCGGCAUUAUCGAUCAAUCAGCCACUAUG